UUAAGAAAGGUAAGGGUUAUGGUGGGGCAAUCACUACGUCAAUAAAGGAAGUGGGUCAUAUCAUUCGUGAGACCUUACGCUUUUCUGCUCAUAAAAGCCUUCGCUACGGAAAUUGACAUAGUAUUGUUGUGGCAUUGGUACGGACACAGUUGAAGUUUGUAGCGCUUAGUAAUUUGUAUAAAAUAAGUUUUGGAUAAAAUGAGUGAUCACUUUUAUCAAAGAAGUUUAUUUAUUUUUAUAGCUGUCACAGCCUCAGUGAUUGCACAAGAUGCAAGCUUUUACAGAAAUUUAAUUACUUUCAUGAUUCAUAACAGUGAGCAAAACGCUACUUUAAACGUUGCGUCGGACUUUACGGAUUUUGAAGCGCUGGGCUGUAACAGCUCCGAUCCAUUUGCUAUAAUAGUGCAUGGCUGGAAGGAGAGUUGUCAAACCGAAUGGCUGGUAGACAUGAUAAGCAAUCUCUCAAACGUUCGGGCUGGUUGUAUCUAUUGCAUGAAUUAUAACAAUUUUUCCCGCCAUGAUGACUAUUUUGGGUUAGUUCGGCAGUUCUUGCCAAUCUCCGAGGUUCUAGUGGAAAAGCUGCAACAGUUGGAGAACUUCGGAUACGAUUUCGAUGAAGGAUACAUGUUUGGGUUCAGUUACGGUGCCCAUCUGGCGCUUGACUCGUUAAGGAGAUUUGGACCUGGAAAGUUAGCUGCAUUGGAUGUUUGUGAACCAGCUGGCCCCGGUUUCGAUGGAGAUCAAAAGUAUCGUGAAAAAUGUCCUACAGAGGCAGCAAAAAAUGUGCAAUGCAUUCAUACAAGUGAUAAUUAUGGAACGAACGUGCGAAAAUGUCACCAGAACUGGAACAUGGGACGUUGCGGUAAAUCACAAGACGCAGCUGGUCCUUAUCCGAAAGGAUCACACGGACUGUGUCCAUACAUUUUCAACAGCGCAUUCAAGCAUGACUUUUUAGCCAUGCCCAAUAAGCAAGGGUGCGAAACGAAACGACUUGCACCUGCAUGGCCAAAAGGCUUCCGAAUGGGUUAUUUCAUGGAUCGCAAAAGUGACGUGAUUGGUGAUCUUUUUGCGGCCACAUCGAAGGAAUACCCGUUCUUUGAUAAUACCUUUGCUAACGAAGUCAAUGAAGUUUAAUUACUUUGUGAAAUAAUGAGGGACUACUUUUAUGCUUGAAAAGGUGUAAAGGAACAAGGUUUCCGUGCUAAUUUAGUGUUAUCCCGUGUAGAAACGAAACAAGUUUUUCAUCUUUGGUUAACAUUUGGAUUGCCAUGGCUAUGAUAUGUGAUAGCCAGUUAUGUUUCCUGGGGUGCCAUGGCUACCACAUAUGUUAUAUAAUAAAUAACCACAUAUAUAAUACCACAUAUAAUAAAUGAAAUGAAAUGAAAUAUGUUAGCCAGGGAUAAUUGACUUUAAAUCAUAAUAACUCGUAACAAAUAGGGCGUAUUAUCAUUAAAUUUUGCAAUAACCAACCAACAAAAUGGUAAUUUUCUAAUGUGUAGGGUUUUUGUAAAUAUUUGAUUAUUUCUUUUCAUAGCAUAAUUCAUUAAUAGUGGAAAUUGGGGCAAGUUUUUGAGACGCGUUUUUUGGCUAUGGGGCAAGACGGCCACAUGGGUAAAAUAAUUGAACUACUUGGAUAAUUGAUUUAUGUUUUACUAGUUUACAUGUGAUUACAUGUAUUGUGUCACCAAUGAACCCUUUGAAUUAAACCCCGCACCUAUGAUAUAUAGUGGCACACUUACCCCAAAUAGAGGUGGCUUUCUUGUCCCAAAAACUUUUUUGAAAUUGGAUUUUUCAGUGAUGAAUUUUUUUUUCAACUAACCCCACAAUAAAGCUACUUUUUCUCAGCUUUACGGUGGUAUAUAUAUUGUCUUGGUUAAUUGUUCCUAUAUUUCUUGAAAGCUUAUUUGGUGUGGUAAAAUUUGUUUAUUUUCUGUCUAGUUUUGAAACUCAACGUAAAACAGUUGAAAACAAUGACAAUGAGAAUGAAAAAUCGAUUAAUCUAUAUCAAACUCGGCACAGUAUCAAGUCAUUGGAACGAAACCAUCAGUAUAUUCAGUUGGUCAUUUAACUAAAAUGUUAAAAGAAAAAAUACUUGGUGGCACUCUUGCCCCAAAUUUCACUACCUAUAAAUGGUCGAUAAUCAAGAAUAAAAGAAAACUAAUAAUUUCUUCGAUGAAUAAAGUGGAGCCACAUAUAUUUUAGUUA